GGUGUUAGUUUCCAUCACACUAGGCUGCCUUCUCCUCUCAGCUCCACGUCCAGUCCGAUUCAACUCGACCCGCCUUUGCUUCUACAGGCUGGCUCCCUCUUGUUGGAUGAUUGGCACGUCGGCUACUGGGGUUCCUCAAGGUUUUCACUGACUGCUGCAACAUUCUAGAUGUGAAAAUGUCGGGGGUCAAUAGUGAUCAGCUGCACCGCUCCACCUUGGGGAUUUACUUGAGCUUGACUGAUGAGUUCAACCCAAGUCUACAGAAACUGGUUUCACUGGGAAACAGCUACGCCCAUGCUUUCAAAGAGCUCGCUGUCAGCAGCGAGGCCUACUUCAAUGAACUUUCAAAGAUCGGAGAGAGAGCUUUCUACUCCUUGUCCUCCCGCUCCCUGGGAGAUGUCCUGAUUCAGAUCUCUGAGAACCAACGGAGACUCACCUUGGAGCUGGAGGGAGUGUUCCGCCAGUUCAGCUUGGAAGUCCUGCUGGUGAUGCAGAACAACAUUCAGCUGGACAAAGACUACAUCUCAGACAGCAGGGUGAAGUAUGAGACGGAGGUUCAUAACCAGGUAGCAGCUCUGCAGAGGCAGCGGAGGGGAGGACCCAUCCAGGACUCUAGCGAGCAUGAGCACUUCCUGAGGGAGAGCCACCGUGAGGCGUUGGAGGAGGAGGCUAGGCGGUACCGCUUCUUGGCUGAGAAACACUGUGGCCUCAUGCAGUCCAUCGGCCAACUUAUGAAUAAGACAGGAGGAACUCUUCUGCAGAAAGCUGAUUUCUGGACAGAGGAAGUUGGUGCCACCAGACCUGCUUAUAAUAACACUGGGGGAAUGAGAGCGGAGGACAUCAGACAGAUCCGAGAGGAGAUGGUUCUGGGCAAGCUACCCUCAAGGGCGCCGUCCCCGGUGGGCAGCAUUUAUCGCUCCAGAGGUGGCGGCGGAGGUGUUCCCAUGAGGGCCAGGGUGGCGCACCAGCCAGCUGGCUCCAAUCCCACCCUGCUGCCCUUCUACCGGGGACAGAUCAUCACCGUGCGGGACAUGCCACCCAGGAACGGCUGGCUCUACGGAUCUGCUGAAAACAGUCAGGGGUGGUUUCCAGCCUCCUAUGUGGAAGAACUUGAGGAAUCCCCAAUGUCCCCCAGCUCCCGUAACUCCACUCUCCGGAGCAGCAGGAGCAUGAGCAGCCUGCUGGACCAACCGGGCGCCGGCAGCAGCAGCAGCAGGAGCAGCAGCAGUGUCAUGAGCAACGUGUUUGACCAGCCAAGACCCUUCAGCGUGAGCAGCAGCAGUAGCAGCAAAGGUGGAGGCCCGCCUCCUCCGCCUCCACCGCCGACACAAUCUUCAUCCAAAUCGCAGUCACAGAACUCGCACUCCGAACUCUUCCCAAGGGGUACCAAUCCAUUUGCCACCGUUAAGCUGAAGCCCACCCACACCAAUGACAGAUCUGCUCCAGUACUACAUCGGAGAUGACUUCUUACCGGGGAAACAGAUGCUUCCAUUUAGUUUGCUAGGUGGAGGUCUGACAGUGGCUGUUUUAUUGAACUACUGUACUUAUCUGUGUGCCAUAGUUCCCUCUGGCAAAAAGCGCCUCAUAUGCAUUUGGCUGAAGGUAAAAUCAAAUAUGAAUAAGUUCUUUCCUGGAACUGCAGGAAGCGUCUACACCAAGGCUGCAUAUCAGCGAGGACCAAUCGCAGAUUAUCGUGACACAUACGCACCGAUCUAAAGUUAGUUUGAUAACUGAAGUAUUUAGGCUUUAAGCAAUAUAGUGGCUUACAAAAGUAUUCAAACCUCUUUAACCUGGUUUUAUUUGUUUUAUAUUAUUUCAAGCAAAAACUUCAAUGGGUUUUGAUUUUACGUGGUAGAGCAAAUUUCAGUUUAUUUUAUUAUUUAUGUUUGAGGGGGUUAUGUGGCAGAUGUGAAUUACGCACUCUGCAUCACCUGUGAACAUCAGUUUUCAAAUCUCACACAUAUUCUCAGCUCGAUUUACUGUUUGGACUUUGACUGGACCGAUCUGACAAGAUGCUCUGAUGUAAACCAUUCCACUGGAGCUCUGGCUGUAUGUUUAGAAAUACAAACGUCAUGAGGGUUUUAGAGAUCUCAAAUCUUAUGCAUCCUCCAUCUUUUCCUUCCAGGAUUGCGAAAGAUUUUAACCGCAUCCUUCUUCAACUCUACCUCCAGCUUUCCUGUCUCUGCUGUGGAAAACCAUUCCAUUCUGCACUCCUUAACAAUAUUUUGUAGUUUUGUUUAGACUUGCCUUGCUUACUUGGAGCCCCUGUAGUAUAAGCAGAUAUCAUCAGAGCCCAGCCCAGUCAGCCACUUUCCAUCUCACCUUUAGUUUCAGACCAUUAGCGAAGUGGCCUGUCUCAUAAAGCCUCGGUAAAAUGCAUUGACGUUUGGGGCUUCAAAGUGACAAAAAGGGGAAAGGUUCCAGGGUUGAGAAUACUUUUUCAAGCCACUGCAACCACUUACUGAUAUUUUUAAUAUCGGAGAUGAUUUGGGGAAUCCGACCAAAUGUUUUCAUAUGAGUUCAAUUGUAUGUCGCUGUAUGUAAUUGGUUUUCUUCUUUAGCUCAGGAUUAAAAGCCUGCUUCCUCUUUCACUUCUGUACCUGACCUUUUCUACAUUCCCACUGUUCCAUUUAUAUCCACAUGUUCAACGUGUGAGAUUAGUUCUGUCGCUAAAUAUUAAAUGUGCAGCAAAUGUACUUUGGAAAAUGGCUUUUGGAAAAUAAAAGAACCUGAGGCAGAUCAUGUAAAAAACUCAGGUGUCAUGAAUAAUAUGUGUUAAAGGAUAAUAUCAUACCAUCUGCCUGGGAGAAGAACUGAUUUGAACUUCAGUGUAUUACGUCCAAAUAUUAUGUACAACCUCACAUCUGAAAUUCGGAUAUUAAUAAAACCUGUUGCUUAUG